CUCUCCGAAUGAUAAAAAUGUUUAGGUACCUUUAGUUAAGCGAAAGAUCUCUGUUGCAACGGACUGACGUUACGGAUGGCAACGGUAUUUGCGUACGAUUUUCUUGGAUUACUUGAGUUUUUUCUGUUUAUGUAGUUCUUUCUACAUUCAGAUUUACAAUUGUUUGUAUACUUCUCUCAAAACAAAGUUUAAAUUAACAAAAUAAAAGUAAACAAAUUAUGUAUUAAUAAUAUGUAAUAUAUUAGUUAUUACUGUUAAAGAGAAUAGAAGCAAAAAAGAAUUAAAUUAAUAAUUUAGUGAAAUAUAAACAACAUACAUUACUAAUGAAAUGGAUACAACAAAUAUCAAGAGGAUUAUAAAACCGUUAAUUUUACAAUAAAACAGGAAUUGUGUGCAGUGUAAAACAAAAAUUAUACAAAAAAGAUCGAAAAAAAGGUUUCACAUUGAAACAAACACAUUACAUAUUACAAAAGGAGUGGAGUUUUGAAUAAUAAAAUAAUAGAGAAAAAGAAAACAUAGCAGCAUUACAUAAAAUAAAAUAACAAACAUCAAAAAUAACAAAAGAAUAAAAUAAAAAUAAAAUAUUGAAAUAUAAGAGUAAGAAUAAGAAUAAGAAUACAAGGUAAAAGACGACAACAACAAGACAUAAAUGAAGAAGUGCAUUGAAAAUUAAGAAAAAAAAAAACAAGUCAACAAGUUUGAGCCCAGUUUAAAUAAAGUGAAACGUGAAUAAAAAAAGGGGUUUAUACCUCUCUCUAAACGAGUGAGUGUGUGUGUAAGAGUGUUUUUCUUUCCUACUCUUUGUAGCAACAAAUACAAGAAGCCAUUUUGUUAUUUUCCCUAGAAGAAAAAAAUUUAUAAAAGAAUUUAUGGUAAAGAGGUUGUAUUUUGUUUAGGGAAACUAAAAAAAAAACAUUAUGACCUAAAAAAAUAAGAAAAUAAAUGUUUUUAAUAAUUGAAAAAAGGCUUUGAGAACAUAAUGGCCAACAAAAUGUCACUAAAUACUUAGCAGUACUUUCAACAAACUAACUGAAAUUGAUGAAUUAAUCAAAUAUUUAAUAGAAAAUAGUGCAAUAAAUUUUCUAAAAAUAACUACCACCAACAUCAGCACAUAGUGUUUGAAAUUUUUACAUUCAUCAACCUAAAAUUUUAAAAGUUUCAAACUGUUUAAAAGCUUUAAUUUUAUAUCAAACGGGAGUCAGUCUUUAAUUGAAUUUCGGUUUUUAUGAUUUCGUAUUUUUUGCAAGCUGUGUGAUGUCAUUGAUCUAAACAUCGUACAUCUACAACUAGUGCAUGCUGCAAUUAUCUCCUACCUAUCAGUCUGUCUGUCAUCUGUGUUUUUAAGCUGCAACAAACAAAACCAAACGUUUGCAAACAAUUUUGUAGCAACAUUAACCUCGAAUACAGAGUGUGUUUAGAACUGCAAACACAUAUUUCUCUGCCUUGUGGCAUAAACUUUCUACAAGCCAUAUACUUGCAUUGACAUCAACAACGUCGUCGUCAUCAUCAUUAUUCGCCGCAUCAACCAUCUCAGCAGCAGCAGCUUCAUUUCGUGCAACAAAAUCAUUGUUUGACAUCAAACAAUUUUACAACUUUUACAGCAAAUUGCAGAAUAGCAACUACAACAAUAUUUUCUACAUUUUAAAGCUGAAAACAACAUGAUGGCAACUUGGAAAUACUUUUUGAUCGCUUUAGCUGUUCUUUCGUUUACACUGGCAGAUGAAUCUCUAGAUACACGAGAAAAUACAGAUCUCACAUUAAAAUGUCGUUUCACAGAGCAAUACGAUGCUGAUGAUUUCACAUUUUACUGGGCAAGAUGGACGGCGAAUCCGGCACAAUUUGAAAAUGUUGCCAUCGGUGAUGUGCAAUUAAAUUCAGGUUAUCGGCUUGAUUUUCGUCCUAAGAGCGGCAUUUACGAUUUGCAAAUUAAAAACGCUUCAUACAAUCGUGACAAUGGUCGCUUUGAGUGCCGUAUUAAGGCCAAAGGCACAGGAGCCGAUGUCCAUCAAGAAUUUUAUAAUUUAACCGUACUUACGCCACCACAUCCGCCCGUCAUAUCACCUGGCAAUAUCGCCAUUGCUACCGAGGAUAAAGCAAUGGAACUGACAUGCAGUAGUAUUGGUGGCUCACCCGAUCCCAUGAUAAGCUGGUAUCGCGAGGGCAACAAUGCUUUACUGCAAGCUGUUGUACUUAAAGGAGGCUCAAAGGAUCAACCCACCAAUGCAACACUAUCCAUUGUACCUCGUCGCGAGGAUGAUGGUGCCAAAUACAAAUGUGUUGUUUGGAAUCGUGCCAUGAAUGAGGGACAGCGUUUGGAAACCACAGCCACGUUAAAUGUUAAUUAUUAUCCACGCGUUGAAGUUGGUCCUGAGAAUCCACUGCGUGUAGAACGUGAUCGUACUGCCAAAUUGGAGUGUAAUGUUGAUGCUAAACCCAAGGUACCUAAUGUGCGUUGGACACGCAAUGGUCGCUUCUUUAGCUCCAGUCUUACCCAUACUAUACAUCGUGUAAGCAUACAGGAUGCUGGCAAAUAUACAUGCUCGGCCGACAACAAUUUAGGCAAGACAGGAGAACAGGAACUGAUAUUGGACAUACUGUAUCCACCCACUGUGGUAAUUGAGUCGAAAACACGUGAAGCGGAAGAAGGCGAAACAGUUAAUGUGCGUUGUAAUGUAACCUCUAAUCCAGCACCCAUAACAGUGGAAUGGCUAAAGGAAGGUUCGCCUGAGUUCCGUUAUUCGGGGGAUGUCUUAACAUUGUCUUCGCUGAGGGCGGAAAACGCUGGCAACUAUAUUUGCAGAGCCGUAAACAUCAUACAGUCAUAUGGCCAGGAGAGAAGUGAACGCAUUGGCAAUUCAACUGUGGCCUUAUUGGUGCGCCAUCGUCCCGGUCAGGCUUAUAUUACACCCAACAAGCCAAUUGUACAUGUUGGAAAUGGUGUCACCUUGACAUGCUCGGCAAAUCCUCCCGGUUGGCCCGUUCCCCAAUAUCGCUGGUUCCGUGAUAUGGAUGGUGACUUUACGGCCACUCAGAAAAUCUUGGCUCAAGGUCCUCAAUAUUCCAUACCCAAGGCUCAUUUGGGCAACGAGGGCAAAUAUCACUGUCAUGCUGUCAAUGAAUUGGGUAUUGGUAAAAUGGCCACCAUUGUUUUGGAAAUCCAUCAGCCUCCUCAGUUUUUGGCCAAGCUGCAACAACAUAUGACCCGUCGUGUGGCUGAUACUGAGUAUGCGGUAACAUGCAGUGCUAAAGGCAAGCCAGCUCCCACAGUGAGAUGGUUAAAAGAUGGCGUAGAGAUUUUGCCCGAAUUAAAUUUGUACGAAGUGGUAACUAAUCCCGACCAGGGACCCAAUGGCAUGGUAACCGUUCAGAGCAUGUUGAAAUUCCGUGGUAAAGCCAGACCCAACAGCAAUCAGUUGGUGCCCGGCGACAGGGGUCUUUAUACAUGUUUGUAUGAGAAUGAAGUCAACUCAGCCAAUUCCAGUAUGCAGUUGCGCAUUGAACAUGAGCCCAUAGUAUUGCAUCAAUACAACAAGGUGGCUUUCGAUAUACGCGAAACCGCAGAAGUGGUGUGUAAGGUACAGGCCUAUCCCAAACCAGAGUUCCAAUGGCAAUUUGGCAAUAAUCCUUCACCUUUGACCAUGUCUUCGGAUGGCCACUAUGAAAUAAGCACCACUACCGACAACAAUGAUAUCUAUACGUCCGUUCUGCGCAUUAAUUCUCUGACACAUGCCGAUUAUGGAGAAUAUACUUGUCGUGUUGUCAACUCUCUGAAUACUAUCAGAGCUCCCAUACGCUUGCAACAGAAAGGUGCUCCAGAAAAACCCACCAAUACACGUGCCAUAGAUGUAGGAUCCAAUUACGUUACUCUGGCUUGGGACCCUGGUUUCGAUGGUGGCAUUAGUAAUACGAAAUUCUUUGUCAGCUACAGACGUGUUCCCAUGCCCAGGGAGGAACAAUUGAUACCAGAUUGUGCUACUCUAGCUACCAGUAACACCGAGUGGAUGGAAUUCGAUUGUCACCGAGAUAAUCCUUGCAAAGUAACGCCUUUAGAUCAACAUCAAAGUUAUGCCUUUAAAGUGAACGCCUUGAAUACCAAGGGCAACUCACCGUACUCUAAUGAUAUUUUGACCACCACAAAAGUAAGCAAGAUACCACCUCCUCUUCAUGUGACCUAUGACCCCAAUUCUCGUACGUUGGGCAUAAAUGUUGGCGCUACUUGUUUGUCGUUAAUUGCCGUAGUAGAGUCUAUGGUGAAUAGUGAUACACCCAUGGCUGCUUGGGAAGUUAUAGAUCAAGUGAAUUUGCAAUUGUCUGGCAAUGGUCCUACCUUCAAAGAAACUGUACUGGAUCGUUUGAUUGCUCCUCGCCGCAGCACAGCUGGCAGAGCUUUGGGACAUUCCAUUAACGAGGAUGAAGAUGACGGCAUGAACUCAAUGGCCUUGGAAGAUGACAACAGUCCUACUGUGCGCGUAAAAUUGUGUUUACGUUCGAAUCAUGAACACUGUGGUGAAUACACAGAUGCUGAAAUUGGUCGCUCUUAUAUUGCCGAAGCCUCCGCCUUGGCCACCCCCACCUUAAUCGCCAUCAUUGUAUCGUGCAUUGUUUUCGCCCUGUUUGUCGGCUUACUGUUGAUGUUUUGCCGUUGUAAACGCAAUCAAUCGAAAAAGAGUGCUGCUGCCAAGGAUUACGAAAUGGAUUCUGUCCGGCCCUCCAUUGUUGCUGCUCAACAGAGUCAAGCGCCACCACCUUACUAUCCCGCAAGCGGUUUGGACAAUAAGGCUCUAGAACAUUCUAUGGAUUUGGCAUUGAGUAUGGAGGAACAGAAGAGUGCUUUGUAUGCCACACAAAAUGGUUACAGUUAUCAUCCAAGCACAGGUGUGGUUGGUGGUGGUAUUGGUAUACCUGGUCACACAAUACCUGGCAAUGAAUGGGUAAAUAUGGGUUACAUUGAAAACAACUAUUCGAACUCCAACAAUGGUGGCAGUGUCAAUUCACAGGACUCUUUGUGGCAGGUGAAAAUGUCAGGCGCCGCAGGUAAUCAACAGAAUAUGAUGCCAGUGUCUCACAACAAUUAUGUUGAGCAGCAGCCCACCUACGGCUAUGAUCCAUUGACACACGGAGGUUAUGGUGGCGUAGACGACUAUGCACCCUAUCCACAGCUGACAGCAACACCCAGCCAACACGGUGAUGAAUAUCAUAAUUUACGUAAUAGCCAAAAUCCAUCUAGACAAGAUUACUGCAGUGAUCCCUAUGCAUCAGUGCAAAAGCCCAAAAAACGUGUUGACCAACAUUUAGAUUCACCAUAUCAUGAUGUAAGUGGCCUGCCAAAUCCAUACAAUAUGGAACACAUGGAUCAAGAUGAAGUUAUAUCACCACAACAACACAUGUCUCUUAGUUACGAUGAUAGUUUCGAGGGUGAAUACUCAUCAACACCGAAUUCACGAAAUCGUCGAGUUAUACGUGAAAUUAUUGUAUAAAUUCAUACACCACUCAUUUCAUACCACACACCACAAACAUACAACAAUUAAACAUUAAAUCAUUCAUCAUACAUUCAUUAAUGCAUUCAUUCAUACAUUCACUUACUAUUAAGUUUUGACACAUAAUUUUUUUUUUGGGAAAAUAUGUUUUUUUACAAAAAAAAAAAAAACAAAACUACUUGAAGGCACUUUGAUAAUUAUUGAAAAUACUUCAGUUUUUUUAAUUAAAUCGUCACGGUUUUUUAAUUUUUUAUAUAUAUUUAAAAAAAAAGGAAGAAAAAAAACAUUGUGCACUUAAUUGUUAUGAAUUUAGCUAAAGUGAAUUGUAAGUGAAACAAAUUAACAAAUUAAACGUCCCUACUUAAAUCCUCUAGACACCCCCUCCACCCCCACAACUAAAAGGAACUGUUUAAAUCACAUUUUUAAAAUAAUUUGUUAAUAAAACAAAUUUCAAAUAACUACUACUACAACAUACUUAAAACUAAAUUACCCACAGAAUAAUGCAUUUGUGCAUUUGAAAUAAAUAAAUCUACGUUCAUUCAUGCAACUUCAUGUUAGAUCAAAAUUAAAUUUGUUUAAUUUUUCUCUAUAAAUUUCGUUAAUAAGUCUGUCCAUUAUUUUAUGCACUCUCUUGGUAUUUACAUGAAAUUAUUGUAUAAGUUCGUAACGAAUUAUCAACGAAUUAUGAAAAAUUUUUAUUUUUGUAAUAAAUUUACUUUUUUUAUUUUGAAAGUUGCCAUUUUUUUAAAUAUACAUAAAUUUACUUAAUAUUUUUUUUUUAUUAAAUUAAUAAUUAAUAUUUUUUGUUAAUUAUAGUUUUAUAAUAAUUAAGUUAAAUGUUUGUCCACAAUUAAAAACAAUUUACAAAAAAUAUAUGAAAACACUAGAGCAAAAAUAAUAGAAAACCAAUUUAUUUUCUUUAAGGUUUUUGUUUUUUGUUCUUAGCAAUCAUAUGCCCAGUUAAUUUUUUAUUAUUAUUAUUAUAUUAUUAAAUUAAAUUAUAUGUUUAUUUUUUAGAUAUUUCAAUAUUUUUACAAAUUGAAAUAAGGUGCCGUUAUGGUUUAGUUUAAAUAAAUACAAUUCUUUUUUUUAUACAAAUAUAAUUAUUAUAAUAUUUUUCAAAGAAACUUAAUUGAAUACACAUGUUAAGAAAAUGUCAGAGGUUGAAAUGUCAAAAGUGUUAACUCCAUUAGACUGUUUAAAAAAUUAAAUAAAGAGAAAGUAAAACUAAAAGCUGUAGUUAAUCACUUUUAACAUUUCAGCACUGUAAACCUUGCUCAAUUUUCUAUAUUGUACUUAAAGUUACAAAACUACAUAUUUAAAUUUUCUUUGCAUUUGUAUUUAUCAAGUUUUCUAUUUCUAUUUUUAAUUUUAGUUUGUGUGUUGUUUUAUUUUUAUAUUUUGUGUCUUUUAAAAUAAGUUUUAUUUGUUUUGUUUAAAUAGAAAAUAUUAUUUUGCAUUUGUUUUUAUUAUUAGUUAAUAUCAACAGCUUCCUGUAUGUAGUCUUUCCUGGUUUGUUAAGUUUAAAUUUGAAAUUUGUACUUUGUGUUAAAAAGUUCACUGUGCGCCAAAUUUUGGGUCAUGUUCUGAAGCCUCAAUGAGUCCAACGCGACAUAAAACAAGAGCAGUUGAUAAACUAACCAUCUGAAGGAUUUUGUUAAGUUAGCCUUAUUUUCAUGAUAAAAAAUAAGUUAAAAAAAAGAAUUAUUUGAUUAGACAACUGGGUGGAAUUAUAUUUGAAUUUUGAGUUACAUUUUACUUUUUUUUAUAAAAAAAAACUACAACACGGAAAUUUUCACUCAUCGGCUUUGAAGUUUGGAAAUAGGAUUACAUGGACUUAAAAAAAUAUACUUUUUUCUUUCUAAACGUAUUUUCAAACCUCAGAUCCUUAUCCGUUAUGAGUUAGAUUAUUACAUAAAAUUCAUCCAAAAAAACACCCUAGGGGUGGCUAGAGAGUCGGAGUUAAAUGUAACGAAAUCAUUAUUAUUGGUAAAUAGUCCAUAUAUUCCAGUUAUCGUCUUUUAAUUCGAAUAAAUUUAAAAUAAUUCGUAUUUGAAUAUCUAUAAAAUAUAAAAAUAUGGAAUUUAUUUUCCAAGUUUUUCGGAAUUUAUGAAAUAAUAACUGUAAUAAAUGGAGUGACAAAAAAUCCAAUAAUUUCGAUAUAUUUGAUAUAGUUUUAAAAAUAUAAGCUGGUCUUGUUUUAUUUCACGUUGUAAUGAUGAAUACUAAAAUAUCUGGUUGCACAGUAUAAUUAGUUUUUUAAAAAAUUAAACCACUUCGAAAGGAAUCAAUAUAUUGCAAAAAAAUGCACUCCAGCUUAGAAAAAUAAAUUGAGCGAUACAACAAGAUUUUAAAAACCCCAAUAGAAAAGAUUUUAAACGGGGUUGAGUUUAAUUUUUAUUUCUACAAUAUGGUUGAGUAUAACAGAAUUUCUAAGAAUCUCACAGAACUUUAAAUAAAAUACUUAUUUCAAGUUACUUUUAUAUACAAAAUUGAAAUUGUUUUAUUAUUAAAUACAUAUUUAUUUAACUAAAUUGCUUUAAAAAAAGAAACAACAAUUAUUUAAAAUAAUUUAAAAUAUUCUUUAAUUUAUUACAAACAAAAUACAAAAGCUUUUAAUUUUAAAUUUAUGUUCGGUUUUUAAAUUAAAUUAAACUCUUAAACUUCCAUUAGCACUUGUUCAACGAAUUAAAUUAAACUAUACUUGAUAAAACGACAACAACAACAACAACAAAAAAAGAAACAACAACAAGAAAUCUCCCACAAUUGUUAAAAACACUAAAUAAGCUAAAAAAAACUAAACUUAAAACAAAACUAGAAAUAAGUUAUUUGAUUAAAACAAAAAAAAAUAUUAAAAUAUAAAAAAUCCAAACAAUUAAGAUUGAAAAGAAAAAAACAACAAAAAAACUCUAUUUAAGUUAAAAAAAACAACAAAACAAAAAAAAUAUAAUUAGUUAAGAUAUAAAAAAAUGUAGUUAUUAAGUUCUAUUAUCAAAUAAGUGAGAAAAAAAUCAUAAAAGUCCAAAUCUUUAAAACAAAUAAGCGAAAAUUUAACAAGAAAAUUAAAAAAAAGAAGUGAAACAAAACCGCGUUACUUAAAUGUAAAUAAUGUAAUGUAAAUGUAAACAAAAUAAAUUUAAAUUAAAAAUAAAAACCGAGAAAAGAAACUAA